CGCAUGAUUGAACAGCGAACAUCACGACCGCAAUUGUCUAUCUGAUGCUGGAUUAGUUGUGCGGUCUUUUAGACACAGAAUGUUUUAAACAGCACCUGUCUGAAGUCCAGAAGCAGGCGCAACAGAGGCAGUGCGGGGACUAUAAGCGCAGCUGAGAAGAGUAAUACUGAAGUGUAAUGCUUGAAGGUGCUUGAUGUGUUUCUGAUACUGCGGGUGGAAAGUUCGGUGUCAAUGACCAGCGAAUGUACAGCGAGGAAUAUGUGUUGUUUUUAUAUGAGCCGUGGUUAAAUGCUUUUUCCUCUUCCUGGUAAGAUUAGCGGAAGCCAGCAGUACAGUAGUGUUUUUUCUCUUCAUCUGCAGCGGCAGUCGGGUUUGUGACAAUCAGCAAUCCGCUUCCCGGUGUGUUUCACUAACGCAAAAACAUCUGAACAUCUUCUCAGCGGCGUUGGACUAGUUAUUUACGGAGCAGGUAGAUCAGCGAGAGACUGAUUUCUAAAGAUGUCGGGUAAAUCAGUCAAAGACAUUGACCGCUAUCAGGCUGUUCUCACAUCUCUUCUGGCGUUAGAGGAAAACAAGUUUUGCGCUGAUUGUCACGCCAAAGGUCCCAGAUGGGCAUCCUGGAAUCUUGGAAUCUUCAUUUGUAUCCGCUGUGCGGGAAUCCAUCGGAAUCUUGGCGUGCACAUAUCACGAGUUAAAUCCAUAAACCUGGACCAGUGGACUCAUGAGCAGAUACAGUCUGUUCAGGAGAUGGGGAAUGCCAAAGCUCGGCGACUAUAUGAGGCCUUUUUACCAGAGUGCUUCCAGCGCCCAGAGACAGACCAAGCUUCUGAGAUUUUUAUCCGUGACAAAUAUGAUAAGAAGAAAUAUAUGGAUAAAUGCAUUGACAUCCAGUCCUUCAGGAAAGAAAAGAGUGAGACAGUAACAAAAGAGGCUCCUGUUGUUUUUGAAAAGAUGAAGCUGAAAAAAGACGAGUCACAACAAUUCAAAAACAGUCCAAAGCAGUCACAGUCUGUUAAUGACUUACUAGGACUAGAUGCCCCUGCUCCUAAAGCUCCCGUGUCCAAUGGCAAACCAAGCACUGAACUCAGUCCUGCCCUCGACCUCUUCAGCUCUCUGCAUGCCACCGUCAGCAGCUCAAACUCCUCCAGGAGCACGCCUAGCCCAGGGUCCAUACCCACUGGACGGGUAGCAGCAUCAAUGCCCGAAAACCUCAGCCUGUUCCUGGAUCCCCCCUCCAAAAGUGAGGACAGUGGAAAAAAGCUGUCUAAGGACUCAAUCUUGUCCCUGUACGGCAGUACAGCACCACAAACAAACAUGGCUGCUCAUGCUGGCAUGUAUAUGGGAGCAACCCAGAUGGGCUAUGUCCCUGCUGCAGGGUACGGCCAAUACCAGGCCCUGGGUGCCCAGCAGAGCAUGAUGGGGCCUAUGAUGGCACCACAGAUGAACAUACUGGGACAUACUGCUCCUCCGUACAUGGCAGGGGUGCAGGGGGGCAUAAUGGGAAUGCAGAAUGGGAUGAUGGGAAACAUGGCAGCAGUUCCUCAGCAGGCAUAUGGUGCACAGCAGGCCCAACAGCUGCAGUGGAACAUCAGCCAGGUAACAAGCACCGAAUUCACCAUUACCAUGCUGACUUGAAACGGCAAAUAUUUCGUUUUUUUUCCCCCACAGUG